AUGGAUCAGUCCAUGCAUACAGUAGCUAUGGAUUGGGAAAACGUGGAUCCUGCUCCUAUCAAGCUACAAACCUCGGCAGGUGAUGAGAACUCGUCCCUGCGCCCUAAUCCGUUCGCGGCGUACGAGGAAUUCAUUGAACCUCCACCAACGCACGUUGUGUAUUACCGCGGCCAUCAUGAAAGGUCGUUUUGGCGACAAGGCCGAGAUGUGGUACAGCUCGUGGUGCCUGUGGAUCCGGCCGUGACUAAAGCUGACAUUGUUUUCGAGCUUGCGACCAAAACCCACCUUCGCCUGAGGUUGGGAGACGAGCCUGACCUGUUUGACCGAGAACUAGCGCAGCCAGUGCACAAGGAUGGUUCCUUCUGGUAUUUUGAAGAGCACCCUGAAACUGAGCAAAAGGCCGUAGUGAUUGAGUUGGACAAGCGUUUGGAGUACUCGAAUUGGCCGAAGCUCUUCGCGGCAGACGUGGACCUAAGUGAAGUCCCCUCAAAAGCCAGCCCUGUUGGGGAUAGUCCCAUAAGCUUUUGA